CACGGCCUGCAGCAGCCAAUCAGAUCCCUCCUGAGUGUGUUGACCAGGUGACAGAGGUACGAGGGUUCAAUGAUCCACAGAAGGAGGAGUAUUUCAAGAAGAAAAUCACAGAUCAGAAUCUGGCCAAUGAUAUCAUCAAACACAUGAAGACAUCAAGGAGCCUCCACAUCAUGUGCCACAUGCCAGUCUUCUGUUGGAUAUCAGCCACUGUCCUUGAGAUGAUACUGAAAGUGGCAGAGAAGGAUGAAGUCCCCAAAACUCUGACCCAGAUGUACUCACACUUCGUGCUCAUCCAAAUCAUUGUGAAGAACAAGAAGUACAACAMAGCCACAGAGACAAACCCAAAGGAACUGUCUCAGUCAGACAAAGAGAUGAUCCUGAAACUGGCAAAGCUGGCUUUCCAACAGCUGCAGAAGGGCAACCUGAUCUUCUAUGAGGAGGACCUGAGAGAGUGUGGCCUUGAUGUGACAGAGGCAUCAGAGUACUCAGCAUUGUGUACAGAGAUCUUUAAAGAAGAAUCUGGGAUGUACCAAGUGAAGGUCUACAGCUUUGUGCAUCUGAGCAUUCAGGAGUUUCUAGCAGCAGUGCAUGCUUUAGAAUCAUGUCUGGACAAGAAGGAGAAUGUUUUCCCCCCCGAUGAUGAAGAUGAGGAGGAGAAGGAUGUUGAAGAUGAUGAAGAGAAGGAGUCAUUCCAGUUGUCUGACUUACACAGGAAAGCAGUGGACCGGGCCUUGAAGUGUGAGAAUGGAGACCUGGACCUGUUCCUCCGCUUCCUUCUGGGUCUCUCACUGGAGUCCAAUCAGAAUCUGUUACGAGGCCUUCUGACACAGACAGGAAGUACAACACAGAGCAAUGAGGAAACAGUUGAGAGAACAGUCAGGUACCUUUCAGACAAGAUCAAGAAGGAAUCCUCACCAGAAAGGAUCAUCAACUUGUUCCACUGUCUGAAUGAACUUGGUGCCAACUCUCUAGUUGAAGACAUGCAGACCUCCCUGCAAUCAGGAACUCUUUCAGAAACAAKACUAAAACCUGACCAAUGUUCAGCCCUGGCCUACCUGUUACUGAUGUCAGAGGAGGUGCUGGAGGAGUUUGACCUGAAGACAUACAACACAUCAGAGGAAGGUUAUCAGAGGUUGCUGCCGGUAGUGAAAACCUGCAAGAGAGCACUACUAAAUGGUUGUGAACUCACAUAUAAAUCCUGUGAGACUCUGGCCUCAGCUCUGCAGACACCAAACUCCCCCCAGAGAGAACUGGACCUCAGCUACAAUGACCUGGAAGACAGAGGAGUGGAGCUGCUCUGUGUUGGACUAACCAGUCCAGUCUGCAACAUACAGACACUUGUACUGGCUGGCUGUAAACUCACAUAUGAAUCCUGUGAGACUCUGACCUCAGCUCUGCAGACACCAAACUCCCCCCUGAGAGAACUGGACCUCAGCUACAAUGACCUGGGAGACAGAGGAGUGAAACUGCUCUGUGUUGGACUAACCAGUCCACUCUGCAACAUACAGACACUACUACUGGCUGACUGUAAAAUCACAUAUGAAUCCUGUGAGACUCUGGCCUCAGCUCUGCAGACACCAAACUCCCACCUGAGAGAACUGGACCUCAGCUACAAUGACCUGGGAGACAGAGGAGUGGAGCUGCUCUGUGUUGGACUAACCAGUCCACUCUGCAACAUACAGACACUAGUACUAGCUGACUGUAAACUCACAUAUAAAUCCUGUGAGACUCUGGCCUCAGCUCUGCAGACACCAAACUCCCCCCUGAGAGAACUGGACCUCAGCUACAAUGACCUGGGAGACAGAGGAGUGGAGCUGCUCUGUGUUGGACUAACCAGUCCACUCUGCAACAUACAGACUAGUGGUCACGUGUUGGUCUGCACGAGAGGCUUCGCUGUUCAGGGAUCGGCCUCAGUCCCUGAGUUCACCACCUCCCAACUGAAACGCAACUGGAGUAGCUUGAGAGAACAUGACCUGCGAGGACUCAGGCAGGGUUACACUGCUGUCUGCUGGACUGGAGGAUCGGACUACUCUGGAGUCAAACCCCUCGGCCACCUGAAAGCAGCCUGGAACCUGAGCUACAUCACACUCCACAUCAUGCAGGGGGACUGCUUUCAGCCUGCCUCCUGGUGA